CCGGCUCGGAUCUGCUGCGGCCCGCGGGGAGCCCGUCCGGCUCAGCGCGCCCUGCGCCCCCGGGCCUCGGGCCCCUGCCAUGCGGAGGAGCGGCCGUCCGGCCCGCCCGGCCCCCGCUGCCCCUACCGUGGCCGCCUCCUCCGGGCUGGCCGCCAUGGGCCCCACGGACCUCCCCGGCCUGGCUCUGCCCACCUCGAGGCCCACAGAUGAGCUGGACAUCAUUGACGAGUACAUCAAAGAGAACGGUUUCCGCCUGGAGCGGGCCCCUCCCGGGGAGGGAAGCCUUCGGCUGGUCCCCCGGGGCCCCGCCUCCCUGAGCACCGUGACCCUGGGCUGCCCCCCCCCUCCGCCCCCGCUCCCGCCGACCUGGCCCGGCCCCCGGCCCCACCUGGUCAUCAUAGAGCAGCCCAAGCAGCGCGGGAUGCGCUUCCGCUACGAGUGCGAGGGCCGCUCGGCCGGGAGCAUCCUCGGGGAGAGCAGCACGGAGGCCAGCAAGACGCUGCCGGCCAUCGAGCUCCGGGACUGCGCGGGCAUCCGCGAGGUGGAGGUCACGGCCUGCCUGGUGUGGAAGGACUGGCCCCACAGAGUGCACCCCCACGGCCUCGUGGGCAAGGACUGCGCCGACGGCGUCUGCCGGGUCCGCCUGCGGCCGCAAAUCAGCCCCCGACACAGCUUCAACAAUUUAGGGAUUCAGUGUGUUCGCAAGCGGGAGAUCGAGGCCGCCAUCGAGAGGAAGAUUCAGCUUGGGAUUGACCCGUACAAUGCGGGGUCCCUCAAGAACCAUCAAGAAGUAGACAUGAAUGUCGUGAGGAUCUGCUUCCUGGCCUCCUAUCGAGAUGCCCAGGGUCAGCUCAGGAGGCUGGAGCCCGUGCUCUCCGACCCCGUCUAUGACAAGAAGUCAACAAACACUUCGGAGCUGAGGAUCUGCCGGAUCAAUAAGGAGAGCGGCCCCUGCACAGGGGGGGAGGAGCUGUACCUGCUGUGUGACAAGGUGCAGAAAGAGGACAUCUCUGUGGUGUUCAGCACGGCCUCCUGGGAAGGCAGGGCCGACUUCUCCCAGGCUGAUGUGCACAGGCAGAUCGCCAUAGUGUUCAAGACUCCGCCCUAUGAGGAUCUGUCCAUCCCCGAGCCAGUAACUGUCAACGUGUUCUUACAGCGACUCACAGACGGCGUGUGCAGCGAGCCCCUGCCCUUCACAUACCUACCCCUUGACCACGACAGCUAUGGUGUGGACAAGAAGAGAAAGCGAGGGAUGCCGGACGUGCUCGGAGAACUAAGCAGCUCAGAUCCCCAUGGUAUUGAAAGCAAACGUAGGAAAAAGAAACUGGGCUAUUUGGACCAUUUUAGCCCUACAUCUAGUGCCGCUCUCCCUUUCCUCCCACCAGCCUCCCUGAUGCCUGAGCCCGAUUUCUUGCCACCUGUGACGCUGCCCGGCCUGGAGCCCCCCGGUGAGCCUGAUCCCAUGGAUAACUACGGCUAUCCCUACGAGCAGUCUUCGAGUAUCUUCACCAUGUUGGACCUGUUCCCUGGGCCUGGUUUGGGGGGCAGUGCCGAGGGCAGUGCCCCCCCAGAACCGCACAGCCCAGAGCUGCUAACCCUGGACUCGUACCCUGCCUCGGGCUUUGAAGGCACGGCAAGCCUGGUAGGCAGCAAUAUGUUUCCCAACCAGUAUCGGGAAGGGGCUUUUGGGGGGGGUGGCCUCCUCCCCCCGGGCCCAGAGGCCACAUAGCAGUCAGGACUGGGGCGAUGGAGGUGCCCGGGAGGAGCGCCCCGUUCUCCCCAGGGGGCCCCAGCUCCUCCUCUUCUCCCAGACUCUGCAGGUGGUGGUGCUCCCAUGCUCCAUGUUCGUGGAGAAUUAAAAGCCCUGCAUAUGAGGCUGCCCUAAAAAUGGAUGUUGUCCCCAGCAAGAGCCCCAAACCACAUGAUUCCAGGUCCUACUUGGAUUGACCCGGGCUUUCUCGCCUCUUGCGAGUCGCUCUGUGGAGGAGAAGCUGCGCAGGCAGGCAGGCCAUCUCCACAGGGGCCAGCCUGAACUGGAUUUGACCGGGCGGGGUCUAGCCCAGCUCCCAAGCCCUCUCUUCUGGCUUAGAGUAAUAGUGCAUCCCCCUUCGCACAGUGAGCCACCUCUGCCCCAUCUUAGCUACGUCAUCUGUAAAACGAAAGGAGCUUUUCCUCCCAAAUCCAGGAUCAACACCCCUCUCAGGACAGGCAAUCGAGCCCUUUCCUCUUGCCCUGUCAAGUUGACGCAACUCUCUAUAAGCGCCUGCUCUGUGGCAACCAUGGCGUGUGGUCUGCUGAGAAAACCUGCUCCGCAUGGCCCAGGCCCGUUGAUUGGGUCUGUCUCUGCCCAGACUGCCAAGCCUUCUUUCCUGGGCCCGUUCUGAGGGACACAGCCCUGUCUCCAACCACUGACACGGGGGGACAAAGAGGCCGGCAGCCUCUUUCCUCUCCCCACUGACACACCAGGGAGACGUGCAGGGGGGCUGGGGAGAGGGAGCGGGGCUGGGCCUGACUUUAAGAAAAGGGUCUGAACCCCUUGCCUUCCUUCCCUUCCCAAUAAAGAUGUGUGACUUUGUCUCUA